AUGGGAAGCGAGCUUAGUCAAACCUGGCGCUCGAAGCUCGUUAUCGCCACGAUCACACAUUCUGCUGGUAAUCUACCCGCUCAUAUGUGCGCCUUUGAGCAAGUUGUUUGCAACAAUGGCGCCAUCGACUUUGGCUUUGAAGCGGCGAUGGGACUUCCUGAAGCCCUGGUGCCAAGUGCUGCAGCACCGAAUCAGCUACGUGUGGCCACUUCCGCGUAUUUAAAGGCGCUCAAGCGGAUCGCAUCGUUGGACAAGCACUUGGCGUCGAACAAGCCUGGAGUCGACAUUAAAAUUCCAGUUCGAGUGCAUUUUUCAAUGACGCAUCCGGCCUCCUACGAGUCUUUGUGUGAAGACUUCGAGCCCCUGAAGCAGAUUCACUGCGCUGAAAAACGCUUGCAACAAGAGUGGCAGAAAUACGAACGAAGUCGCAAGAAACGAGACGUCGAGCCUUGUAAUCUGCGAUGCACGUUUGUACUGGAACCCAUGAUCGCAAGCUUCAACGACACCAAGAUCACGCCCGACCUGGCCGAGACUAUGCAGACUUUAGGGCAGGACAAUACGUGGUUUGCAAAUGUCUCGCUCUGGUUCAUGAAUCGUGGGCUGGAAGAGAACGAGUAUACGUCGCGGAAGGCGAUUGGCCAGUUGAUGUCCUCCAUCUUUGGCGACACGCGACGCAGCCAUGAACUCGCUAGUAGUCGCUACUGUCGUGAAGCUGAUGAUCUUCCGUUGCCGCUCCAGUUCGGAUCGAUCCUCUUGGAGUGCGAUGGAUCCAUCAACCCGACGAACUUCGAGGCGAUGGGCUCGGCACUCGUGGUGAACCAGAGUACCAGGAAGUUCGAGAUGCUGCUGGAAAUGGACCCGGACGACCCCACAACUAGCCGUCACUGGUGGAGAUGGCUGGCUUACGCUCUGUUCUCCAAACGAGCACGCGCGUGCUCUGCACUGGAAUCUCUAGCGCUUUCUCAGAUCGGUAGAAUGAGUGUAUCGGACGUUGAGGCCUUUUCAGCCAUCUUGACGUCCAAGCACCCGGAAGAAGAACUAUUUGGCCUCAGUCGAGGUGCUGUCGAGGACAGAGAUGCGACGAUAAAGGCGGGCGCUCGGCUCCACUACAAGCUCAACAAGCGAGGCCAGCCACCAAGAGGAGCCCAGCAUUUGACCUUCGAGACGCCCAUAACCUCAGCUCGCAUCUUCGGUGACGACGGCAGUAGCGAGUGGGUAAACGUUCUUGUUCCAGGCUAUGGUCGAUGCUACGUACAACGCACAGACUUGGAGCUGCAGGAUACGUCUCCCGUCUCUGCUGGUGGCGUGACGGACCUCAAAAUUGAUUUUGCACAAGACGAGUCGAUCUCGGACGGCUUACCGAGAUUUCUGGCGGCAAUUGGCUACUUGUUGAAGACCCUCACACUUAAUAUAGCGGACAUUGAAGUGGACGUGAACGAAAUCGUUCUCAACUGUCCCAACCUGGAGGAGUUGUCGCUUUGUGGCGGGCAUAUGAUGGACAUUCGACUCAACUUGAGCGAGUAUCGUGCCAACAAGCAGCCUAUUCCAGACCUCACAGUGGCUUGGAACGAUGUCGUCGCACUUGCGAAUGCCCUGGCGAGUGUGGACAACCCCCUUGCCAAGUGUGUGCGUCGACUGCGUGUCCACCAGAUCGACCAAUGGGCAGCUUGGGGCAUCAUUGUGGCAGACCACAACAACCGUCCAGCCUUUCAAGCGGGUCUACGAGCUCUUCUGGACAUGCUGGCGGUCAAUAAAUCGCUGGAAUAUCUCGACGUGGUUGUGCCAUUCGGACAUUUUAUCUAUCUGGAUGACUUUCGACGCCAUCACUUGGAGCCUCUCAGCCGCUCGCUCGCACUCUCGAUGGACACUAAGAUCGCCUUCCUCAGUGUCGUUUCGACGUGUUCCAGGCCAGUUGCACCCAGUAAGCCACAGAAGAGAAGAGCGACCAGAUCGACUCGUGCUAGACGCCCACUCAGUGAGCUGAAUCAGAACGUGAUCUCCACGAUAUUUGCCUUUGCAGCCCCGCGUGUUCUGCGUGAAGUGUACUUGCGCGACCCACCGGAUGGUCGGGGAGAGGAACCUGAAAUCCUACCCAUUUAA